CUCGGACAUGGCUGAGUUCUGUUUGAUCAUACCAUGCGAGAAUUUCCAACCUCCCGUGCUGGGCUGACAAUCGAGUCACAAUGUUCGAUUAAGAGGCUUUGAUUAUGAUACGCCUACCACUACGCAUCUACCCAGACACACAUCAUGAUGCCGAGGGACACGCCAACGAGGGAAUCCGAGAACUUGAUUGUAACCCCGACUGUAACAGUGGACGGCCUGGAUUCCCGGACAAGUCUCAAAGACCAAGAACAUAUCGGCGUGUCUCGAAGAACUCGAGGCCCUUUGAUAUCCUGGUGGCUGGAGGGCCUAGCUGUUGUAGUGUCCUUGCUACUUCUGGCUGCCAUCGUGAGCUUGUUAUAUCAUUUUGAUGGCGAGGAGCAGCCAGAAUGGCCGUAUUGGAUCAACCUCAACACAGUAGUGGCGACCUUGUCAACGAUACUAAGAGCUCAAUUACUACUGGUUGCGGCAGAAGCAAUCAGUCAGUACAAAUGGUCCUGGUUUCGCCGCCCAAGACGGCUCAUAGACAUGGUACGUUUUGAUGAAGCUUCACGCGGGCUGAUGGGCUCAUUGAACUUUCUGUUUCGUCCACGAAAAUCAUUCGUUGCACUUUGCAGUGCCCUUGCCUUUGUCCUCUCUGCCGCCAUAGGGCCGUUCACGCAGCAGACGAUACGCACCUUCGGAUGCGAGAUACUGUCUCACAACGAAUCGGCCUCAGUUCCAAUCGCCGAGUAUCUUGACUUCCGCACGGAUAUCGACACCUACAACUCUGGCGACUCCUACAUAGUGAGCCCGCAGAUGAGCAUUGCCGUGCUUGAAGGGAUCGUGGGAUCGACGGACCAAGACAACCAGGUGUCAGCCUCCUCGAGCUGUCGUACCGGAAAUUGCGACUUCCAAAGCCCUGGCGGAGGCUCAACAUCCUACUCGUCCCUGGCUAUCUGCAGCUCCUGCGAGGACAUCACAGAUCUUGUCGUGGAGACGCACAUAGUGGAGGACGGCCCGGAUUACUGGUCUUACAACAUUUCUGACACCGACCCAACUUACGUGACUAUGCGGGACAGCGACGACACUAUAUUUAGUGGUGAUGACAGUUAUCCUUUUAUGAACGUCCAAGCCCCAAAUGUAGGCCGGGAUUCCCAUUCGUCCGCAAGUGUUCAAUUCAUGUCAUUCACUUUCGCGGAUUGCUCACUGCCUGCCAACUAUUCGGACCGAUCGGACUGGUACGAUAAAGUCGAAUGCCCCAAUUCUUCGCGUUUUCGAGGCUUACAGAACAAAGUCGGCUUGCUGGCUGCAAACUGUUCUGUGAACCUGUGCGUACGCACUUAUGAGUCGAGUAUCCGCAGCGGCCAGCUGGAGGAGAAGACCGUGUCGAUAAACGAGGAUGCAAUUCCGGUUUACGACUUGACGACAGCCUACGUGGAUUCUUAUAAAAUUAUUAGGGAUCCUUGUUUUCUGGACGGCCAGAGGUACACUACCAAAAAUCUGUCCCAGGUAGCGCGCUCCCCCGGACGCAACUUCACAAGCCUCCUCGUCAACGGCGAGUCUGUGGAAUUGCCACUGGAGUGUACCUAUGGAGUCAAAGACGCAUUCGUGUCGGCAAUCUACCUGUACCUGCAUGCCAUCUUUCAGACGUCGUGCAAAGCCGCCAGUUGGGGUCCGGGUGGGAAGUGGAUCAACUGUUUUGAGAGGUGGUGGUACCCCCCGCUGUUUAACGAAGGCAACGCUACCCUGGCAAGUGUGUCCGACACGUUUGAGAAACUAAGCCUGGCUAUCACCGCCCGCAUGAGGGCGACCGGCAUGAACGCAAACGGGACGGAGCCUGGAAGGGCAGUGGGGACCGUCACGCGGUCUGCGGUCUGCAUCCAAGUCUCCUGGCCGUGGCUGACUCUUCACAUGUUCCUUGUCCUAUGGGUCGGGCUCAUCUUUGCCAUCAUCUCGUAUGACAGCUGGCGGCUGAGGGAGGUGCAGCCGAUUUGGAAACACAGCAGCUUGGUACCAUUCUUUCACAAGCUGCGGCACGAGGGGCAAGAAGACGGGGUCCCAACACACACAGCAUCUCCCAUGGAGCUGAGCUCGAUGGAGGAUACAGCGGCCAAGGUGGUCGUACAGCUUCGGCAAGAUGAAGGAGGGUACGCGUUCGUGGUCGAGGAGGGGCCUGGGAGAUAUGAACUUCGGUCCCUGCCACCUGAGCCGGCGAGUGAGCGCCAGAGCACGAAAGCGGGCUCAACGCACGUGCUCAACGAGCCGGUCUUGGGACCACGUUUUAGCGCAUCAGUUCACGAGAGCCUGAGGGAUUCGCGCUGAGAGACUUCGAAUUCCCAGUCUGGGGGUAUAUCUGAUGGGUCACGCGGGACGUUGCUGGGACAAAAUCAUGCUGCAAUGCGUUCCAGUUCAAUCGUUCUCAAUCAAAACCAAAAAGAAUAAAAUAGAAACAUGAAAGAAAAUUCUCGAUUGACCCUAAAU